AUGACUUCCAUUCAAGAAUUGCAAACACUUGUAUUGACUACUCUCGACACACAAGGUUCAAUACCUGAUACUAAAGAACUUCGUACUGAAAAUGGAGAAAGUAUAGACUACUUAAAAAUCUUGGGUGCUUUAAACAGCUUAUUGGACAAAGAGAUGGUUAAAUAUGAUACUAUUGAAGGUGAACUUUGGACAUUAACAGCAGAAGGCACCGAAAUCGCGGAUACGGGAAGUCAUGAGGCAAAAGUAUUUGAGGCUAUUCCAGCUGAAGCCGCGAAAAUUGGACAAGGAAAAGCGUUCAAAAAUAAGUGGAUAACAAAAAACGAAAAUAAUCUUUUACGAGCAGUUGACUCGAUCAUAGAUCAAACUCGAAUAGAUCUUGAGAAAAUCCGAUCAAAUGGAACACAUCCUGAUCCAAAAGUCCUCAAUGAACUAAAAAAAAGAAAACUGUGUGAUAAACAUAAAAUCACAUCAUAUGCUGUCACGAAAGGAUCGAAAUUUUCAUUAAAGGUUGAAAAGCAAACAACCGAUAUGACUUUUGAGUUAUUGCAAAAUUUACCUCCACUGGGAGGUCAUCUGCAUCCGUUGAUGAAGGUACGCGAAGUAUUCAGACAAAUUUUUUUCGAAAUGGGUUUUGAAGAAAUGCCAACUAAUCGUUUUGUUGAAUCUUCUUUCUGGAAUUUUGACGCGCUCUUUCAACCUCAACAACAUCCUGCACGUGAUGCACACGACACCUUUUUCUUAAAAGACCCGGCCACAAGCACACAAUUUCCUAUGAAUUAUCUUGAACGUGUCAAAAAAGUUCAUUCUGAAGGGGGUUAUGGAUCUAUUGGUUACGGUUAUAACUGGAAAAUUGAAGAAGCUCAAAAACUUUUAUUACGAACGCACACUACCGCUGUUUCUUCUUAUAUGCUUUAUCAACUCGCAAAAGAGAAACAAUUCAAACCAGUAAAAUAUUUUUCUAUUGACCGUGUAUUUCGAAAUGAGACAGUGGAUGCCACACAUUUGGCUGAAUUUCAUCAAGUUGAAGGCGUGAUUGCAGAUAAAGGAUUAACGUUAGGCGAUUUGAUCGGGUUUAUGAAUACAUUUUUUGAGAAAAUGGGUGUCAAGAAUCUUCGUUUCAAACCUGCCUAUAAUCCAUAUACCGAACCAAGCAUGGAAAUUUUCUCCUAUCAUCACGGUCUUGGUCAAUGGGUUGAAAUUGGGAAUUCUGGUAUGUUUCGCCCGGAAAUGUUGGAACCCAUGGGACUUGAUCCUGAUAUUCGUGUUAUCGCAUGGGGUCUUAGUUUGGAACGACCCACUAUGAUCAAAUACGGAAUUGAUAAUAUCCCAGAAGGCACCGAAAUCGCGGAUACGGGAAGUCAUGAGGCAAAAGUAUUUGAGGCUAUUCCAGCUG